AAACAAAGACAACAUUUUAUGUUAUCGAUCGAUUGGGAAAAAUAUGAGUGAUAGAAGCUUCUGAAAUGAAUAAUGUAAUGUAGUUUUGUUUUCUGAUCUGAUUGAGAGUUAUAUUUCGUAAAAAUGAUAAGCAGGCCUAAGCCAGGAGAAACCGAAGAUGACUUAUUAAAAAUGCAGGAGGAGUUUCUAAAAGAAAAAAGCCAAAACACAAAUUAUCAACCGGCAGCACAAGUAGUUAAUUUACGUCGCACAGAACAUCAAACAACUAAAAGAACUAUCUCUAAUGAAACAACUUUCCGAAAACCUUCGAAAUAUGCAGUUUCCAAAGGACUCCCUGGUAAUAAUGAAAAACGGCCACGUACUGAAGCAAGCACUAGUACUUUUAUGGGUGAAAUUGUGGAAAAAAAUUGCGAAUCUGUAGAUGAUAAGAGUGUAGAAAUCGAUGAUGACAAAGUAUAUUACCCUAAAGCAUUACCAUCUGUAUUAGGCACAAUUAUUGAAAAAAAUAGUGAUAAACAAAUUGAUUUUCAUUGUAAUGAUCAAAUUCCAUCCGAGGGUUUUCCGGCGGUUAUUAAACUUGACCCGUCCAUUACACCAGGACGUAAAAGUAUUCAUGCUCAGCACUUAGAAAAAUUAGGGGGUAUAAAAAAAAUGAAAAUGGAUAUUGAUGAACCACAUUCUAGUAAAUCAUCUUUAAUAAACCAACAACCAUCACCUAAGCCCUCAAAUCUUCCAAAUAAAAGUUUCAUUAUAUCAUCAAAAGAUGCAGAUUCAAUUCAUAAUGAGAAUAAUGAAACAUUGAGAAGCAUGUCAGAAAAAGAGAUUUUGGAGGAACAGCAAAAAAUAAUAUCAAAUUUGGAUCCCAAAUUAAUAGAAUAUAUCAAAACUAAACGUCAACAAACAACUUCAAAAGAAGAAGCGCAAAGUGUUACAAGCUCAAAAUCAACAGACUCAAGUAAGCCAUGCACAGAAGAAGUAAAGACCAUAAAUAAUGAAGAAAAAGAACUAAAUGAUCAAUAUAUACAGGAUAAUGAUAUACUGUCAAAUCCAAAUGUUAACAAAUGGGUACAUUUUGACCAACUUGAAAAAGACAAACUAGAAUGGAUGAAGGCAAUUUCAGAGAGCAAAGAAGACAAACCAGAAGAGCUAUAUGAAGCAAGAUUUGACUUUAGAGGAUUAUUGUUGCCAUAUACAAGUAAAUACACAGAAAUGACAAAAACAUUAUACCAUCAUGGUGAAGAACCACAUAGACCUGGAUACUCCAUCAUAGAACUUAUAGAGCUAUCCCGCUCUACCAUAAUCCAACAAAGAGUUAUGGCACUUAAUACAAUAGCUGGUAUUCUAGAAUUUUAUAUCGCUGGUACCUACAAAGACACACUGGAACUACCAAUUACCAAACUCUUUUUUAUAAUAAGAAUAGCAAUGGAUGAAAAUAAAACUAUAAUUUUAGAACCCGCACUGAAUGCUAUGAGAAAUUUACUUUACAACAAAAUAGAUGAAGCAGCUCUUGAUGCUUUAAUAGGCUUUGAAGAAGGUUCGUACCAACCUUGUCUUGAAAAUGAUAAAUCGGAAAUUGUAGAACUUGAAUCUAAAGAAUCAGAGUUUAAAGAUUUUCAUCUUGCUGAAAUAGACUUGAUUGCAGCUCUUUUAAGAACUGAUAUACUCCAGAGAAUCUAUUACAUAUUGGACAUGAUAAAACCUAAUUUCAAUUGUGUCCAAUUCAGUUUACAAAUUUUAAUCAGACUUUGUAGAGACUCUGAAAGUACUGUGAACAAAAUUAUUGAAAUGGAUCAUCUGAUGUCUGUUAUUGUUACCAACUUUAUACCAAAAACUAGCAUUAAUUUUAAUUUUGAUCCAAACAUUGUGUACAAGGGAAAACCAAUAUUAUCUGCUUUAAAAUUUUUACGUGUUCUAACAUUACAAACAAAAGAAAUUGGAGAUACAAUGAUUAUAAAAUAUGGAAUAUUGCAACCUUUAUCUGAGUACAUUUGCUCAAAAGUUGAUGGUACAUAUGGAUUUAAAAUUCAAAUAGAAGCCUUGAGUAUAUUAUCUAAUCUACUUCAUUAUGGACUUGGUCUUGAAAGUUGUCUUGCUGUUUGUCCUACGGUAAUAACAAUGUUGUAUAAUCAUGUUCAAGGAACUGAUGUUGAUAUGAAAUCAUCAAUAAUAUCUGCAAGUCAUGCAGCUGUUGUUUUACAGUUUAUUAAUAAAUUGCUCCAGUGCAAUUUAAAUCUGGAUAGUUAUAAGCAUCAAAUAUAUCCAUUAUUGAGAGAAGGAGUAAAAAAAUGGAUUUCUCAAGUGUCAAGUUUCACUUGUGGUCAAAGUUUUACUUGUGGUCAUUUAAGAUUUGUAUGUUCUAUCCUGGAUUGUUGUGCAACUGUUAUGAAAAACGAGAAUCAAACGAUGCCAUUUCUAAAUAUUACUUUGGAAAAUUUAAUGAAAUCACCCGGUUUUAAGGGAAUAAUCAACCACUUGGUACUAAGUUCAAAUUUACUAUCUGGAAUCGAGAAUAACAGUUUUCAUACCAUCAAAAAUCUAGUCAACCUUAAUAGUAUAGUCAAUGGUUCAACACAAAGUAAUUUACCCAUUUUAAAUAUGAAAUCUCCAAUACCGUUUCUUACAUCUCUGUUUAAAUUAUUGGCAAUCAUUAAUGACAUAAAUAUUUCAAAUGGUUUCAUUGAACAUAUUCUGAAGUAUUUGAGAAAAUUCGCAAAUAUAAGGCCUACUUUAUGUGACAAUUGGUUUACAAGAAUGGAAACUGACUUUCUAUUUUAUAUUAUAAAGAUCGCAACUCAAUGUAAUUUUGCAGAGUCUGAAAAAGAUUUGCUAUACACUGUUGCUAAUAAACUGUGUUAUAUACUUCGUGCAGAUAAAAAGAUGGAAUUGGAGUUUCUUUUUGAUAAUAUAAUAUUUAAUAAACAAUGGUUCAGUUCGGAAAGACUAUUCAGUCUUUUAUCUUUAUCGGAAAAAGAUGGAGUUACAAAAGUUCUGACAGAUGCAAAUGAUAUAAAAUCAUGUUAUAGUAGUGUUAUUAAUCUAAACUACUCCAAUAGUAACUUGAAUGUUGUGUUGAAGAAAUGGAAAGAACCCAUACUACCCAGAGACUGGAUUUAUUUGCCAAUUUUGACUCUUUAUGGCAACAGUCAGGAAGUAAAGUCCACUCCUAAAGUAGCUGGUGAACAUGCUAGUAAAGUGGCAGAACAAGAAGCUAAGACAAAAGAACUUAUCCUUAACAGUAGUUUGGAAUGGAUUCUUUUCAAUGAAAUGUGCUUUCCUGAUCUUUUAAAAGAAAUUGAUGUAACUGACAGGUUUUGUCGCAUUAUGUGUGUUUUCCUCUGUGAUAAUUCAUUAUUUCUGGAACCUUCAAUCAAGCUACUUUUACGUAAAUGCACUGAAGUUCUUUUCAAGAGUGGAAACAAAUUUAAUUUUGAUAAAGAUCUAACUGGUUUAAAUAACUUCCAAGAUUUUUAUAUGCAAUUUCUUGAACAUUUUCAAGGAGUAAGCUAUGGAGACCCAUGCUUUGCUGCAUGCGUGUUGGUGCCAUUAGCUCAGAGGCAUAAUGUGAAAUGGCGAAAAAUGUUAUGGUCAGAAUAUGCUGGAUGCCUCAGAGCAUUGGAUUGUCCUGACGAUUAUUUAUGUUAUGAAUUAAAUGAUUAUUUAUACCCGGAAGAGAAUGAUGAGUCUCUUUUGAAAUGUUAUUUUAGAGCGCUAAACAGUAAUUUAAUGAGGCGAGGAACAAUUGUAUACAGAAUAGCUGAGCACCAUGUAAAUAACUUUAAAUUAAGGAAAACAUCAAAUGAAUAAAAAUAAACGUUAUUGUCUCCUUCAUACUUUCUA